UGAAUAAAUAGUUCAGUGGGUAAUAUUUUUUUUGUAACACCUAUGUAUUACAGAAUCAAAUCACAAAAUACAACAAUCAAGAAACAUCACAAGUAACUACAGAAUUUGAGCAUUUAAUUAGUGACUAAAAGUACAUUAGGGAUUAGGGAGUAAUUAACUAGGCAGACAAGCAACCGAUGCCAUAGCGAGUGUUUGGAAAAACAAGAAAUAGCCCACUGCAAAUAAUCCCAACCAUCAACGGGAAACUCUGCAUCACUUCAUCCAUCUCCUUCCCAUGUCCGGGGAACAAACAGUUCGUCACGCGGUGGUCGGAAAAUGCGAUCGCCAUGAAAACCAUCACCGACAUCACAGCGUGCACGAAGUCCGUGAACCCAACCUUGUACCGGUCGUCCUUCGGGACUUCCACUCCGGGGUCGCUCUUGAACACUGCCAACCCCCGGGGCGUCACAAAGCCGUAGUACACUUUCCGGCCAUCCGCCCCCCGGAAGCUGUCGGUGAAGUGGAAGAAGAGGCAGGAGAGGGCGCAGAGGGCCAGGAGGACGAUGAUCACGGUGGUGCUGACGGAGGAGCACUGCCCUUUGGCGUAGACGCUGGGGAGGACCAUCUCGAAGGUUAGCAGCGUUCCGGUCGGGAGGAAGUUGAUGAGCAGCGAUGUUUUGGAGAGUGUUUUUUGUACCCCGGCUGCCACCGCCCGUUUUUUCCGACCUCCCAUUGGCACCGGCACGUCGGGUGCACCCGCGGGUAGAGAUGAGUCUGGGGACAUUCUGAUUCCGAUUCCUUCUCCUUCUUCGUGAUCCAUUGUUGUGAGAAUGUGUUUAAGACGUGAUUCCGUUUUUAAUUAAGUUGUCAAUUGAAGACCUUUAUGCUUCACGUUGUAACUGCCAUUUUCCCAGUUAUAAGGCUAAUCGGCAUAUCAAAGAUGUGUAUAGUAGCUCUCUCAUAUCACUUGAUGUUUGUGUUGAGAUUUAUUCGGUGUGAAAUAAACAACG